CUCGCCCGCCCCGCCACCUCCUGACCCGCCAUUCCGCCCCAAAACUUUCCGUUUUCCCCUUCCCACUCUCCGGGACUUCCUUGUGCCGCCUGUACGCGCGGAGGGGGAGGAGGAGGCGUGUGCGGCGGCGGCGGCGGCGAGGGGGGAUUUACAGUCUCCUCGCAGGCUGGCCGGGACCCCGGGGGAAGAGGAGUUGCACCAUGCGCGGCAAGUGAGGGGAAAGUCUCCGCUCAGCGCCGCCCGCAGAAGUUGAGGCUCUCCCCCCGCCGCCCGCGGGAGCGGGAGCUGUGCCUUUAACGCCCGCUGAGCGAGGUAUAAACUUGUCAGCAGCUGUUCCAAGGAUCCAGUCUGCUUCCACCCUCAUGAUAUGAUGGGGUGUGGUGCUUCAAAACUUGGCUACUCUAUGCCUGGGAAGAGUGAAUCAACUUUAAUUAGGUACCUAAGGAUAAAACUGGCCUGAAGGGAAAAUCUGGGGGAAACUGGGGAGCUUGACUGUUCUUGCACCUGACCCUCUCAGCUGUCAGAUGCGGUGAUCUCCAUGGUAACUCAAACCCCCAGACUCUUGACAGCAGCCUGCGAGGAGCAGCAUUCAGCAGCUCAAGGGUCUCACGACCAGAGCGUGGAUUACACUUCUCGUAAACCUCAUCAUAUUGAGGUUGGGCUAAGAUGAGCAUAACCAGUGACGAAGUGAAUUUCUUGGUGUAUCGCUAUCUCCAGGAAUCGGGUUUCUCCCACUCGGCCUUCACCUUCGGUAUUGAGAGCCACAUCAGCCAGUCCAACAUCAACGGAACACUAGUGCCACCUGCCGCACUCAUCUCCAUCCUCCAGAAGGGGCUCCAGUAUGUGGAGGCCGAGAUCAGCAUCAACGAAGAUGGUACAGUAUUUGACGGCAGGCCGAUAGAAUCACUGUCUCUGAUAGACGCGGUGAUGCCUGAUGUUGUUCAGACCCGGCAGCAAGCAUUCAGAGAGAAACUAGCUCAGCAACAAGCCAGUGCAGCGGCGGCAGCAGCAGCAACGGCAGCAACAGCGGGAGCAACUACGACUGCUGUUUCCCAGCAGAACACACCAAAGAACGGAGAAGCCACUGUGAAUGGAGAGGAGAAUGGGGCACAUGCAAUAAAUAAUCAUUCAAAGCCAAUGGAAAUUGACGGGGAUGUUGAAAUUCCUCCUAACAAAGCAACAGUCCUUCGGGGUCAUGAAUCAGAGGUGUUCAUCUGUGCCUGGAACCCUGUCAGUGACCUGCUAGCAUCUGGAUCCGGAGACUCAACGGCCAGAAUAUGGAAUCUCAAUGAAAACAGCAACAGUGGUUCCACUCAACUAGUUUUGAGGCACUGCAUAAGAGAAGGAGGACACGAUGUCCCCAGCAAUAAGGAUGUGACUUCAUUGGACUGGAAUAGUGAUGGAACACUAUUGGCUACAGGCUCGUAUGAUGGUUUUGCAAGAAUAUGGACAGAAGAUGGUAACCUUGCAAGCACCUUAGGUCAACAUAAAGGUCCAAUAUUUGCCCUGAAAUGGAACAAAAAGGGGAAUUAUAUUUUAAGUGCUGGUGUUGAUAAAACAACAAUAAUUUGGGAUGCUCACACAGGAGAAGCUAAACAGCAGUUUCCUUUCCAUUCAGCUCCUGCUCUGGACGUAGACUGGCAGAACAACACUACUUUUGCCUCCUGCAGCACUGACAUGUGCAUUCACGUAUGCAGACUUGGCUGUGAUCGUCCCGUUAAAACCUUUCAAGGACACACAAACGAGGUUAAUGCAAUCAAAUGGGACCCAUCUGGCAUGCUACUAGCAUCUUGCUCCGAUGAUAUGACAUUAAAGAUUUGGAGUAUGAAGCAAGAUACCUGUGUACAUGAUCUUCAGGCUCACAGCAAAGAGAUUUAUACUAUCAAAUGGAGUCCUACAGGACCAGGCACCAGCAACCCAAACUCCAACAUCAUGUUAGCAAGUGCUUCGUUUGAUUCCACUGUUCGGCUGUGGGACGUUGACCGAGGAGUCUGCAUCCAUACGUUAACAAAACAUCAAGAGCCUGUCUACAGUGUAGCUUUUAGUCCUGAUGGAAAAUAUCUAGCCAGUGGGUCCUUUGACAAAUGUGUCCAUAUAUGGAAUACUCAGAGUGGAACUCUAGUACAUAGCUACCGAGGCACCGGGGGCAUCUUUGAAGUCUGCUGGAAUGCUAGAGGAGACAAAGUGGGAGCAAGCGCAUCAGAUGGAUCGGUUUGUGUUCUAGAUCUGCGGAAGUAAAAGUGAAAUGUUUUAGAAGAAAUUUCAAAUGGACCAGCAGUGAAUGUGUGGGGAGAAGCACUCUUCAAAACUAUUCUUAACAGCUCCAGAACUGUACGAACUUGAACAAAGUUAGAGUGUACCGUGAAACCAACUCUCCCUGGCCACAGGUGUCUAGUAUUUUGUCCGUAACCUUCAUCAAGGAGUAAAAACGCAGUCACUUCAGAGGGGGAGGGAAUGGUUUCCACCUGGAACAUUCAGCCUUGGAAGCAUGAAGCCACCAGCUAGGCAUUGCACUGUUUGGUUUGCAUCUGAGAACUUGCUCUGAUGGCUGGGAAAAAAAGCUGUGCCAAAAAAAUUAAUAAAAAAAAAAAAAAAAGAAAAAUGCUGUGAUAAACCAAAAGGGAAAAAAAAUCCUCCUCCAUGCGGUGUUGUAUUUUUUCCUUCCAAUUUGGACACUACAGUUGCUCUCCCAAAGGACGUUCAAAGACCAGUUUGUACUGAUGAAAUGCUCAACUUUGUAAUCACAACACUUUCUAUUUUCUAGACUACUUUUUUUGUUCAGUGGUUUUUCUAUCAGCUGGAAUAUUACAGCCUGGAGGAUCCCAGGCUUAGGAUGAAACUUUUGUUUUCCUUUUAUUUCUCCCUUCCACUCCCAACUUCUCCUUCCUUUUUUUUCUCUCCUCUUUCUUCUUGCCCUUUUUUUUUUUCUUUUUUCCCUGUAUGCCCAUAGUAGAUGCAGCCAGGUGGACAUGACAAUGAAAAUUUUUGACAGACUGCUUCUCCUCUCUUCUUUCUCUUCCUUUUCCUUUCUUUCUCUCCGUUUAAAAGAAAAAAAAAUCCUCCAUGCUUCAGAUCUUAGCGUCUCAAGGGCACUUUCAGCAAAUUGUGUAAUAAGUGCUUUAUAUAAGAAUGCAGUGCUGGGGAAGAUUUUUACAGGAGAAAGAUGACUUUUAACAGAAAGAACCCAGUGUAUUUUUGGAAAAAAAAUAUUUUUUAUGUUAAACAGUUUUAAAAGCCUAAAAUGGCCACCAAAUGUAGACCAGUUGUGUAAUUCAAGCAAAAAGAAUGACACAGAGUCCAAGGAACAUGAAAGGUGCAGUAUCCUUUUUCUCUUCUCUCUCAGAAAGUCCUGUUAGAAAAAAUGCCAUUUGAUACAAUAAAUGCCAGUCAUUUACUGAGUCCUCUUCCAGCAGCCAGCCAUUUAUAUAGUCUCGUUUCAUUUUUGUGGCUGUUUGAUGGUGUACACUUAUUAAAAGGGAUUCAUAAGUUUGAGAGUAUAAAUACAGCAUUCAUUUUCUUGAGUCCGUAUUUUUGUUUACCCUCGGUAACCAGGGGAAAACGCUUGUGUAUCUUCUUUCCUCUAGAGAUAGUUCAAAUUUCAUACAGAACAUGGGUUUGGCUGCCCGUGGCCUUGCUGAGCAGUGCCGUCCUCCACUAUUCAUCCACUCAGCUGUUUCUGUUCCAGUAAGUCAGUGGGAUUUUACCACUGACUUUAUGAGACCAGUUGAACCAAGAUAACAUUCACUGCAUCUGUCACUGUUGAAGAAUGGACUCUUGCCAAGCUCCUGUCCAUCCAUGGUGAGCACGCGCCUAGAAGCAGGCUCUUCCAUUGCACCUGGCAGUGUGUGGCAGUACGUGCGUGGGCUGCGUGCUACGAGGGAAGUGCUGGGUCUGCACCUGGAGGCUCCGCGUCUGCCCAGACAGGUUUAGCCUUGAGGGUGUCCUCAGUGCGGUGCUCAGAAGACAACGUAGAGCUCUCCGUUAGGUGAGGACAUGAUAAACCAUAUAUAAAUUAUAUCGCAACAUAUAUACCACUGUAAAGUUGUAGUGGGUGAAAUGAUCGGAGUGACAAUAAAGACUUCCAAAGCACCACCUAUCCACUUUGGACAAGAUUUCCUUACUGCAAGGUAGACAUCUGCAGGGAUGCCUACUGAAGACUCCUUUACUCUUAAGAGCAAACGAUGGAUGCAAAGAAGGAUGCAUAGGCAGAGUUUACUGAAAGUGCUGUAAACGAUAAGGCAGCCUUGGGGUAGUGGCAGACAAAUCCUCCGAACUGGCUGAGUCAGGUGUCCUCUCUAGCCCACAGGCUAGGCUAGGAUUUGUAGGAGAGAGAAAAACAAACAAGCAGAGAACCCCCCUAACAUCUUGCCCAAAGUCGCUAUUUCUGUAACACAGGAUCUUCCCUUUGAUUUGACCACAGCUGCUGAGGUGGUGAUUUGAUCUGAUAGAGCCCUAAUGCUGAACUGGUGGUGUAAGACCUGCCAGGCAUCUUGGCAUCAUCAUGGCAUCGUGGAAUCUGUACGUCAUUUUUUUUCUCCUGUGUUUUCCUCUCUUUAUGCUCGCAUCUGUACAGCAUCUUAGUCCUUCCAGUGGAACUAGGCACUGCCAGCUUCAACUGCGUUUCUUAAAGAUACAUAUUUGGAAAGGAGAAACGAAUGAAAAGGAAUAGCUGCAAAAAGGGUUACUCAGUCCUGAGGUGAAAACAGUUAUGUGGGAUUUUGGUUUAUUAAUGACAGUUAAGCUUGUUUGUAAUUUAUAUCAAAAAAUUGGACACUGGAAGAUACCAAGGAUUAUUUUCGGUGUUAAAUGCGUUUAUGUGUUGGUUUUAGUUUUCUGCUCCAAGAGCAUGGGCUGUAGAUGAUUACAUGGCAGUUUUGCACUGUUUUAUAAUAACCACGUGUACCUACUAAUUGAAAGUCACUACUUUAAAAAAAAAAGAGUACUUGUUCGAAGAGAGACUUGAAUUUGAAUACAAAGGUUUAAUGUGGUUUUAUAAAGCACGGUUGGGUCGAUGAUUUGAUUACAGUCAUUGCAUGUACACGGUUAACUUCCUAAGCUGCUUUUGGGUGGCGUUUCUGAGAAUAACACGCAGAAGCUCCAGGUCUGCAGGCAGCGGAGGGCAGCUCGGAUGGGGCCCUGGCCUUGCCUCUGUCCCCUGAGCGACACCCGAAUAGACCAGACCUCGGGAUUCAAAGAGAUGAGGUUGCUCAAUGCGAGUUCAGCGAUGCCGCAUGGCUGGCUGGCUGCAUAGCCCGUGUUCCGUGGUUGUUCCCGGGAUAGCUACUGUAGAUAAGUGGGCGAUGUCCGUGAUGCCUGCUUCUUUUUCCUUUUUCCUUUUUUCAAAUUGUGAGAAGACCACCUUUCCUCUGCCCGCCUACAUGGAGGUAAGAAGCCAAGAGAACCAAAAUUUCAAAAUCAGUUGGUUUGCAAAGCCUACGUGUGAGAGAGGCUGCUGGUCCAGAGUUUUCUGUACAGACUAUCGGAUUUGAAAGCGGCAUAUGUGAGAAGCUAAGAAAGUUCACCUUUCUUCCCCUCCCCAAGACCCUAAAGACUCGAAAAUGCUCAAAGAUACUGUAGUAGAUAGUUUUCAGCUAAAAUGAGGGCAGCUCUUAAGGAAGGCAGAAGAUGCAGUUGCGAAGGCUGAUCCUAGCCUAAGGAGCUGGUGUCUUUAGGAGGUGGGCAAUGGGAAGAGCGGCUCUUCCAGGCUGUAGUUCACCGUGGACGUCUAAGCCUAGACCUGCAGAACUGUCCUCGUGGGAGCUCCCGAUUUCCUCGUGCUGCGUUGGCAUCCGCCGGCUAGCGGUGCCUUUCUGCAGCUCCCCUGCAACAGAACAGCAUGAAGCAACAGGCCGGUGGACUUCUUUUUUUUUUUCAUACAAUAUCUUUUGAUAAUCGUGUUUAUAGUUCUUUGUAACACAAGAGAAAUUGAAAAACCUAAGUGACCAAACAGGACUGUGAAACCAUCGAGAGACUUACUGGAUUUUUAUCAUUGCUGGCUGUCUGGAACUGGCCUUGAAGUGAAAAAAAAACCAGUUUCUGAAAAACCACUCAACUCGAGGGGUUAGAAGGAUACUGAAUCUUUUAUGUAGGAAACACUGGGUCCCUUAUGGGGCAUUAAAGGGCCUGACUUACAGGGUUAUACACACAUUAACCCCAUGCUACAUCUUAGAAAUUUCCUUUUAAUUUGUUUUAAAAAAAAGAAAAGAAAAAAUAGCUAAUUUUAGAGCCAAGUGAAGUGCACUUUGUCAAAUGUAAGGGUCUGCUUUGUUUUUGGGUUUCUUUUUCUUUUUCCCUUUUUAAUUUUUCCUCCUUUUUUUUUUCCUCCUUUUGCCUUUUUAAAAGAUGUGGUUCUUUGUCAAUUGCAGAAAUGUUCUUUCAGCCACUCACUGAAAUUCUGAAUUCUGGCUUCUGCAGUUUUUAUUGUCUGUGUCAGACUUGCAGCCAGACUUGGUUCUCAUUUCAGCAUUUCCCAGGUUCUGUUGAAACAACAUCAACCCUUAUUUUGUUUCUCCCCCACCCACACUUCCUUCAAAUUCACCUUGUGUAUUGUAGCUCAUUUGUUUUAAGGAGAGAAUCAACAGAUCAUAUUCAGUGUCUUGAAUAAAUUGCUAUAUUUUGAUAUUAGAGAA